CUCUUAUCCCUCUCACCCUCGGCUCUCCAGUCCCAGUUCUCGGAGUCUUCAACAGUACCAAGGACCGGCGUGCUCGUUCACUCUGUCUGGUUGGUCCCCGCAUUUCUCCAUUUGCACAUCUUGUGUUGGGCUCUUUGAGCAAUUUUCCCGUCAGCUUGGCUGCGCGUGAGGGCUGGCAACCAUGGCAGCUGCAUCUUUGGAGUGUGUCUUGAGCCUCCGACCCAGCUUCUCGGCGGUUGUUUCGCAGAAGAAAUGUGCGGUCACCAGACAAUCUGCAAUUCUGUGUCUUCCGGCAGCUAGCAGGUCUUUGAAAGGACUCGGUGCUGGAUUUAAGUUGGAAAUCUCGAGAGCGAGGAAGGUGACAUUGUCAGGCAAAGCCGGCAGGGGUCCAAUCUCCGCAGUUGCGGCCCCUAUCGCACCCCCGUCAUCCCCACUUGAAGAUGCUGGGGAAAGGCAACGCUUGGCUGAAGAGUAUGGAUUCACCCAAAUUGGGGAGCCAGUGCCUGCAGACGUGACAUUGAAGAAAGUGAUCGAUUCCUUCCCAUCGGAGGUCUUUGAGAUCAACGACUUGAAAGCGUGGAAGACGAUUGCCAUCUCCGUGGCCUCCUACUCCCUUGGCCUCUUCAUGAUUGCGAAGGCACCAUGGUACCUGCUCCCAUUGGCUUGGGCUUGGACCGGCACUGCCAUCACAGGGUUCUUCGUGAUAGGUCAUGAUUGUGCGCACAAGUCGUUUUCGAAGAACAAAUUGGUAGAAGACAUCAUCGGAACUAUUGCAUUCCUCCCACUCAUCUACCCAUAUGAGCCGUGGAGAUUCAAGCACGAUAAGCACCAUGCCAAAACUAACAUGUUAGUGGAGGAUACCGCAUGGCAUCCAGUGAUGAAAGAACAGUUCCAAAACUUUUCACCAGCUACGAAAACUCUUAUGGAGCUCGGCAUGGGUCCUUUGAGACCAUGGGCUUCUAUUGGUCACUGGCUGCUGUGGCACUUCGACCUGAGCAAAUACAGAGAAAGCGAGAAACCUAGAGUGAAGAUCAGCCUGGCUGCAGUGUUUGCUUUCAUGGCAAUUGGGUGGCCUGCCAUCAUCUAUACCACCGGCAUUGCUGGAUGGUUGAAAUUCUGGCUCAUGCCCUGGCUCGGGUAUCACUUUUGGAUGAGCACUUUCACCAUGGUGCAUCACACUGCUCCUCACAUUCCAUUUAAGAACAAGGAAGACUGGAAUUCCGCUGCUGCUCAAUUGGGUGGAACAGUACAUUGUGACUAUCCAAAAUGGGUUGAAGUACUUUGCCAUGACAUCAGUGUUCACAUUCCCCACCACAUUUCACAGAAGAUACCCAGCUACAACCUUCGAUUGGCUCAUGAGUCUCUUGUUGAGAACUGGGGAAAGCACUUGAACAUUGCCAAAUUCAACUGGAGAUUGAUGAAAGUGAUCAUGACGGAAUGCCACUAUUACGACCCGGAAAAGAACUACACCUCAUUUGACAAUGGUGAAGAUAAGUCACCCGUCAUCGGCACUUUGAGGAAGGUUAUGCCCGAUAUGGCGUAAUGAUUUUGCCGAACAAUUCUGUAACUAUUUGCAACAAUUUGUUCCUUGGCACUUAAUUCAUGUGCCUUGAGUGUAGAAUACUCUCGGGCUGUAACGCAGGGUAUAGCUGCGAAGUAGAUGAAUUUGGUUGUUGGAAAAUCUUGGUGAGCGAAAGCAUGUUUUUUGCCACUGACACCACACAUAGGAAUCGAUUCCUUUACGCCAGUAAAAUGCUGGGCAUGGCGCAACAAUAGUACCAGUGUUUUCUAUCGCUGGGGGUUGUGAUAGGAGGAUUAUCCGCAGGAACAUUACUGACUUGUACGACGUGGGCUGUUAAGGACUCUUCGUAAUAAUACAAGACACUCUGAGCAGCUUUGAAUGUACCAUUUCUAAGUAAACAUUGCCUAAUUUGUGAGCA